CGUUUACAGACUUUUCAAAUGUCUCAGUCGUUCUUUCUGUAUACACCUGUAUAUUCCCUAAGUGCUGUUGAUAACCGCAAAGUGUUCUGUAAAUCUUGUCAGCAACGAUGCUCGGGGUUGCUCAAGUUUAUCAAUCCCAGUUUGUCCCCACAAGGGUUUCUGCAGUCUCCUAAUCAGCGAAUCGCUCUCUCUCGAAGAAAUAGGCGUUUCUCAAAAAGGGGUUUGAUUGCUGCGAGGAAUUCCGUCGGUGACCAGAGUUAUUAUGAACAACACGGUAAGAAAGAACAGAAGGACAGUCGUUCAAGCAGCAGUGUGACACCUUUACUUGAUACUAUCAACUUUCCCAACGAACUGAAAAAACUUUCUUUGCAGGAACUCCUGAGACUAUCACACGAGCUUCGUUGGGAAGUCAUACGAAUUGUGAGUAAGACUGGUGGUCAUCUUGGCGCGGCAUUAGGCGUAAUUGAAUUGACUCUUGCAAUUCACUACGCCUUUAACACUCCAGAGGAUCGGCUUAUUUGGGAUGUCUCUCAUCAAUCGUAUCCACAUAAAAUUCUUACGGGUCGUAGGAGUCGUAUGUUAACUUUGCGCAAGUAUGGUGGCUUAUCAGGCUUUACAAAAAGGGCAGAAUCGGAAUACGAUCCUUUCGGAGCGGGCCACUCUAGCACUUCUAUUUCUGCAGCUCUUGGAAUGGCUACAGCAAGAGACCUCUCAGGAAAACGAAACCAUUGCAUUGCCGUUAUUGGAGAUGGAGGUAUUACUGGAGGAAUGGCAUACGAAGCAAUGAACAACUGUGGAUAUCUUAAUCACAGAGUUAUUGUUAUCCUUAAUGACAAUAACCAAGUAUCAUUACCUACAGGAACGAAGACUGCUGGUGGAGUAUCUCCUGCCGGGGCUCUUUCCAAAUAUACUAAUCGUCUCUUAUCUUCCUCCCCAUUUCUUAAUAUCCGUUCUUUGGCAAAGGAUUUAUCACGCAUCUUUCCUCAUCAAGUUCAAGGAUUUGCUGCAAAGGCUGACGAAUAUGCCAGAACACUGUUCACAGGUGGUGGCACAUUAUUUGAAGAACUUGGUUUCUACUAUGUUGGUCCGGUCGAUGGUCAUUCCCUCGAAGACCUUAUUCCGAUUCUAGAAAAUGUCCGAGAUAUGCAUGUCAAUAAGCCAGUACUUAUCCAUGUGAAGACUGAAAAAGGUAGAGGCUAUCCUCCAGCGGAGAAAGCACUGGAUAAAUAUCAUGGUGUGACUAGCUUUGACGUUGAAACUGGGAAACCUCUAAAAAAACAAGAUGUAAAGUCUAGUUCAGCGCCUCUCAACUACUCUACGAUAUUCGCCAAUACAUUGAUUCGAGAAGCAGAAGAAGAUCGCAAGAUAGUUGCUAUCACUGCUGCUAUGCCUGGAGGAACAGGGUUAAAUCUGUUUGGAGAAAAAUUUCCCUCUCGAUGCUUUGACGUAGGCAUUGCAGAGCAGCAUGCGGUAACUUUCGCUGCCGGAUUGGCUUCAGAGGGUUAUAAGCCAUUCUGUUGCAUUUAUUCAACAUUUCUGCAGCGUGGUUAUGACCAAGUCAUUCAUGAUGUCGCACUACAGUCCUUGCCUGUGAGAUUCAUGAUAGACAGAGCAGGGAUGGUCGGGGAUGAUGGUUCCACACAUCAAGGAUCUUAUGAUUUAACUUAUCUUGGAUGUAUUCCUAACAUAGUAAUCAUGGCUGCUAGUAACGAAAUAGAAUUGAUGAACAUGGUGGUUACUUCUCUCUCUAUCGACGGUAAGCCAAGUGCCGUAAGAUAUCCUCGAGGUGUUGGAGUUGGAAUCGAGACAUUGGUUACCAAACUAGGUUAUCAGUUGGAAGACCAGAAAUUGCCAGAGAGAGGUUCCGUAUUAAAAAUUGGAAAAGGCAGACUAGUUCGUAGGGGGCGUUUUCGUGAAGGAAAGAAUUCUACCCAAGAGGGACUGAUCGAGCGUCGACUUGCAAGACAAAGCAACUCUGGCGCAACAGACCUUUAUUCGGCGGAGAAAGAUAAUAGUAGCCUUUAUAGAAAAACUCAUGUAGCAUUACUUUCUCUGGGCACUCGCCUUGUUUCUUGUGUCGACGCUGCUGUACAUUUGGAAAGCUUAGACGAGCAAUUGGCGGUGACUGUUGCAGAUGCUCGUUUUAUGAAACCGUUGGACAUCGAACUUAUAGAUUAUCUUGUCAAACAGAACGAAAUUCUUAUAACAGUAGAAGAAAAUAGUAUCGGAGGAUUUGGCUCUCAUGUCGUCCAAUACCUCAGCCAAAAUGGCUACUUAGAUACUGGUAACCUCAAGUUUAGGUCUAUGGUGAUUCCAGACAAGUUUAUAGAACAUGGCUCACAAGGUGAGCAGUACGAUGAAGCUGGAUUACAGUCCCACCAAAUAGCUACCACCGUUUUACGUUUAGUCGGAAAGGUCCCAGCAGUAAUCUAAGUUGCUUGCAUUCUUUCCUUGUCGAUGAUUCUUCUUUUCUCAUAAAAGUAAUAGCUGUUACUUAUUCUGUAAAUUUUUUCUUAAAAGAUCUUUUUGUUCGUCCAAUAAGCUUGUCAUAUUUGUGGGCCACCGCGCUUUAGAAUUUCUUAUCCCAUAAGAUAAUUUUUUCCUAACACCUCUUUAGAUGAGAUACUUUAUUCACAGUAUGUUUCCAUUAGAAUGAAAGUCAACAGUUGUCUCGAGAACUUUGAAGUUAGCUGUAGCGUGUUACAUAGACUCGUCAGUUAUUCACAAAUGGGAGGAAACGGUUUUCUGUGCUCUUUGAACAGAACCUGUUCCAAAAGAUUUGGGAUUUUGCUCUUGUUAUUUCAACAAUAUUGGAUGCCCUUGUGGUCUAUCUAUCAUCUAUGGGGGUAAUUGCCACAAAAGGGUUUAGUUGACAAUUGAACACGAAGCAUGCCCGAAAAUCGUAACCAUG